AUGAACGGUGAUUGUGGUGGUGGUGGUGUUCAGUACUAUAGCAAUAGUAAUAAUAAUUGUGGUCCUUGUGGUGCAUGCAAGUUUCUUAGAAGUGUGUGCUGCAGGGGAACAAUAUUUGCACCUUAUUUUGAUUCAGAUCAAGGCACUGCACAUUUUGCUGCUGUACACAAAGUGUUUGGAGCUAGUAAUGCCUCUAAAUUGUUGCUUACAAUUCCAACACAUAAGCGUCUAGACGCUGUCGUUACACUUUGUUAUGAGGCACUUGCUAGAGUUAGAGAUCCUAUAUAUGGCUCUUGUGGUCACAUCUUUACUCUUCGACAACAGGUUGUAACUUUGCAAGCUGAGUUAUCACAUGUUCAAGCACACCUUUCUACCUUGGCGCACCAUUUCCCUCUGUCUCAUAUGCCGCAACCACAAAGUCCAAUUACUCCAACAGGACUGCAAUCAAGCACAUCAUCCAGUUCUAUGGAACAAUAUCAUCAAUUAGACAUAAUAGGUUAA